AUGGCGUUAUCACCGGAGAGCGCCGACUUGAACAUCGAGAAGCCCGUAAUUUUGGCCUACCAUAGGCAGGCUGAUUUUGCAGCGUUUUUGGUGAACGAGUAUUUUAUCAAGCCUAGCAAGCAGCUAGAAGAGGCGAGGCAGGAUGACACAAACGGACUGCUGCCACUUGUAUCGCUUGACUGCCUGCUGCAGAGCGGCGAUAUUGACAAGAUAGUUGGGCACAUUUGCGAGGUGACGCACUUGAUAGACGAACGGCAUGUUCAACAACGGAAACCGUUUCGCAUUCUGGAAAAACCUUUACUCAUUCCGGCUAUGCUGGCAGCCUUGCUGCAUCGUAUUCUUUUCGAAAAGGUCGGUGUUUUUAUCUCAUCAACAACAUUUGAUUUGUGGGCAAGCACGGCUCUCGGCUUUCCAGCGAGAACUAGUCGCCUUUGGCUAGAUGCGUGCGCGAAAGUCGAAGAGGCCUUGGAAAACAGCAGCGUCAAGCAGCUUCUUUGCAAGCGUAGCGCCUCCGAUACAGGCAUUCACGCCAUAAAAAAGCAAGCUGACUCGAAAGGAGCACUCUUUUCCCUGUGGUGCAGCGCUUGCUCAAUGCUGUGUGCAUCGCUUGCAACUCCUCUGCUUUCGAUAGAAGCGUGCCAAGAACACUUCAGUCAGGCUGUUGAACGCUCGAUAAGCUUUCGAAAGGAUAUCGAAUCGAAAGGAAGCAGUACAUUGUAUGGGAAGAGUGCGCCGGGUUUUAACCUUCACGCGGCCGGAGAACCAGAGCUAUGUAGCUGUCUUGUCUUUCAUUCGUUUUUCCGUCAGCUGGAAAUGCUCUUCCAUAGGGCGAUCGACUCGAAAGUGAAAAUGAAUGUCUCGGCGCACAUUUCGUUUGCUGUGUUUGUGGGAUGUCUAAAUGUCUUUACCUACUAUCGGUACUCUGCAAGCAAGGCGGAAUCCAUGUACAGGCUUCUCGACACCGUAGCUCAAGUCGCAGAUGGGAAAAGCCUGACCCAUCAAUUUGACCUGAAGAGUGUUGAAGUGCGACACCUGUCGAGGUACGUGCAACGGGCUUCUGUGCUUAGCAGUGAUGAUGUGUUCAGCGAGAUCUCGCAUCGCCGUGCACGAAAAGAGUCAUGGGCCUCCCCUGCAUCUGUACUGCCGCGUUUCGCUGAGAUGAACUAUAGUACAAUAUGCAUGACUCGCAUUUACCCGUUUUCAAUGGUGGCAGCGACGGGCCCUGAGUUGGACGAUAUGGGUGGGUGUAGCGAUUCCACUGAUGUGGGGGUGCAUCCCGAGUGUGAAGACGACGAGAACUUUGUAGAGAUGACAACCAUUUUUCUCGAUGAAAGCGGAGAUGAGAGAUGCACACAAUACAUUCUUUCUGCAGAAGAAGCAGCUGUCAAGAGGCAAGUCCAAGAAAAGCUUUAUGGAGAAAAGUAA